CCCUAGAUUCGUUGUCACGCAAAGCAAAAAGUAAUUUCUGACUGCAAUUAAAAUUCGCAAAGUAAUGGGAGAUUGAAUAUUCAUUCCCCUGUUGUUUGUUUUGAUGAUGGACAGCAGCAAUCCCACUGAGCGCGGGGCAAAGCCAAGAACCAAUAGAAACAACCAGCAACAACAACAACGCGGUAACCAAAACCAUCGAGUGGUUCGCAAAGUUCCGCCGCGUGCUGCCAGCGACAGGCAAAAUAUUUACAUUACCAGCAAGACAGAUUUUAAGGCACAACAUAAACGAUGCGAAGAUCUGUUGAAUUCGGGCGCUAAGGAGAUUUAUUUGCACUGCAUGGGCUAUUCCAUAACACGUGGUCUCAACUUGGCACUGCGACUCAUUCAGAACUCGGAGGGCGCACUUAGUUACGCCAUAAACACAUCCACCAUACAGUUGGUGGAUGAGCUGCAUCCACUGUGCGAUGAGGAUGAUAUAACAUUUCGACAGCGCAACAAUUCUGCCUUGCAUAUCAAAAUCUUUAAUAGCAGUUUAUUUGAUAUUGUGGUGCCCAAGCUGCCGGCACAACCUGCACUUCCCGCAACCGACAACAGUCGGUCACAGCCAAAGCCACGCAGACAACAACAACAACAACAACCGAAACAACAACAGAAAAAGAUACAAAAGUAAACAGAGAGAAGAAGAGAA